CUUGACUGGCGGCUGCGCUGCGAGGGGCGGGGUUGCUGCUCCUCGGGCCGGAGACCGCUGAAGAAGCUGCUGCGUCCGAAGAGCAGGUUUCGUGCCACUGCAAGAUGAGCCGAUUUCUGAAUGUUCUCCGUAGCUGGCUAGUUAUGGUGUCCAUCAUUGCCAUGGGGAACACAAUACAAAGCUUCAGAGAUCACAGCUUCCUCUCUGAGAAACUGUACACUGGCAAACCAAGCCUUGUAAAUGGCCUCCAGGCUCGGACCUUUGGAAUCUGGACCCUGCUGUCAUCUGUGAUUCGCUGCUACUGUGCCAUUGAUAUCCGCAAUAAGACCCUCUAUAACAUCACACUUUUGACCUUCUUCAUUGCCCUGGGCCACUUCCUCUCGGAAGUCUUUGUUUACGGCACAGCAGCUGCAACAAUUGGUGUCCUGGCACCGCUUAUGGUUGCAAGUUUCUCUAUCCUAGGAAUGCUUAUUGGACUGCAGUACCUGGAAGUGGAAGCAGCAUCACAGAAUAAGAAACGGAACUGAAGUUAUGGCUCCCAUAUACUUUGUAUCUGCCUUCAAGAUUACAUGAUCUUCAAGUGUUACAUUCCUGAUCUUUUCUCUUCAGUCUGUAGUCUAACAAUCAGUCAGAUCAUUUUUGGUUUUGGACUUCUCCAUCAGUCGUCUCCUCAUUUUUAGUUGAUUUUGACCUGAACAGGCAACACUUGAUCUGUGACCAAUGGCAGAACCCCAACCCUGAACAGCUGUUCCAAGCUAGAUAAGGGUUUCCCAGAUGGAGGCCACUGUCGUAAAUGCCUUUGGCUCUGGAGGUAGAAAGGGGACCUGCCCAUAAUCGUGCCAAGCACAGAUAAUAGAUUCUCCCUCUAGGGCACUUAGCAAGGGAGAAAUGUAGUACUGCCAAAUAUCCAUUGGAGAUUGUUCUAGAGAGAGCAUUAGCUGAACAUUUCAAUGGCAUGCCAUAAGCCUGUGCAUUUGUCCAUAAGCAUGAUUUGUAAUAAACAAGGGGAAAUUGUGCAA